AUGCCCAUCAGCCCGCCGCUUCCACCACCACGCCAGUUCCCACCGCCACCAUCGACCGAUUCGGCACUUACGAUAGCAAUAAUAGGAUACCGCCCACGGCGAGCUUCGCCGCGGAUAACUUUAUUAACGUCGCCCGAACAGCCCAAGCUUGGUAGCCAAGCCCUAAAUACCCCAUUAACCCGGUACUCGGGAUUGGCCUAUACCACCAACGCCAAGUCGCCAGCUCAACCGCUAGCGCUCGGCAGCGACUUCCUCCACACCACCCUCGUCAUCAAGAAUACCCCCUUCCACAUUCGGAAGGAAAUAUUCCUAGGCAUUAUAACGGAACUUGGAUUGCCCCUACCACACGCGUUCAAUUAUCACUUCAGGGACGGACUGUUCCGCGGCCUCGCCUUUGCAAAUUUUGACGACCCGCUGGAUGCACAGUAUGUCUUCGGCCACCUUGACAGCCAUGAUAUUCAGGGACGACGUAUCAGGGUCGAGUACAAGAAGAAGCUACCCCCACACCAGAGAGAGCGUCUCGACCGAGCGAGAAAGGCGAAGCGAGGCCAGCUCGAGGAGCAGCACCGGCCGGUGUCUUCUUCCCUCCCGAAAUUACAUCUUAAUAACCCCGAUACUCUUAGCUUUGAUACUGAGUUAGCGCUUUUCCGAAGCGAUCCUAACCGAGAGAUUAUCGUAUUCCCGAGUAUUAUUGUGACGGCGGGGCUCAGCACCUACUACCGCUGCACCACACCUUCCAAACGGAUGCCAGAAUUGCAAGCUGCCAAGCUGCAAUCUGUAGCCUCGAGUAUCGCUUAUAGUUUCGAAAGGAGCACAGAAAAGGCGCCGUAG